CUUGACAACCUUUAUCCCCAGCAACAACAACAACAAACUGAUGCAAGAACUUUUCUUUAUUUUCGGCAUAUAUAAUUACUAGUACUGAGAGCAGUAUCUCCAGGUCUGACAUGUUAUCUUUUACGAUAAAUGGUGAUGAAAGGAUAGUGAAUCUGCUUCAGUUGGUAGCUGUGUGAUGCAACACACUUUACCAAGCUAGUCUUCUACCCUACUCGAGAAAAUUCAGAUAUUCAUGUGGAAGUGAAUUGCUACGAGAAUGAUAAGGGUUUUCAUUUCUGUAAUUCAUUCAUUUAUUAUUUGUACAUAAGCUGCUUCUGUCUUUCUGUUACAAAAUGAAGGUGAAAAUAAUGUUAUAGAAAAAUAAUACAGUUAUAGGAAAGAGGAUUUGCUGCUGGUUUAUCAUCUAUCAACUUAAGAUUUGAUAAUAAAUAAAGCUAAAAUUACUGCUAACAUUGAUAACAAAAAAAUGAAAGCUGGUAAAGAUUCCAAAACUGUGCAAGUGUUGGUACCAAAUACAGAGGAAGUUUCACCAGUGAAAGAUAUUCUUCAUAUUACAACUACAAAUAUGACAGUCACAGCUUCAACUGCAAUUGAAUUAAAGCAAAAGGAAAACGGAGACUUGGUUAAGAGUAAGCUUACAGAAAGUAUUAUGAUCAAGGUUAAAGAUAAUGAAGCCUCAAAAAAUGUAGAGGCUGAUACUGAUAAAUGUGCAUUAACUGAACUUGACAAAGAACUGUCAGUAUUAGAAGGUAAAAACACAGACAUAAUACUUCAUAAUACAAGAAGGAGUAAGACAGAGCAAAUUAGAAUUAAAACAAAUAGUAAAAAAAUAGCUAAAUAUAAGUGCAAAUUUUGUGGCAUCUCUUUGCAGACAACUUCCACUCUCAGAAGUCAUGUGAUGACUCACACUGGAGAGAAACCUCACAGUUGUCCAUACUGUAGCAUGACUUUCCGUCAGUCUCAUCAUUUGACAGAGCAUCAGCGUACACAUACAGGUGAACGGCCUUUUGAGUGUGAACUGUGUGAGGAUACCUUUACGACAAUGUCAGCCUUAAAGUUGCAUGUGAAAGUACAUAAUGGGAUAAAAAAUCAUAAGUGUCAUAUAUGCUAUGUAGCAUUUUCUAGUGGUGGGCAGUUACGAAUCCACUUGCUUAAACAUGAAGAUAAAAUUUAUGAAUGCUCUGAAUGUGGGGACAAGUUUAUAACUGAGCCUAGACUUAAACGUCACCUGAGAAUACACACUGGAGAAAGACCAUUUCAGUGUGAGGAAUGUGGAGUAUCAUUUCGUGAGGAGACAACAUUAAGGGCUCACAUGGGUACCCAUCUUUCUCGUGGACCUUAUCCUUGUGAAUUGUGUGAAAAAGUAUUUUCACGUCUAAGUAGUCUUUCAUUACACAAGAAAGUGCACAACACUAAUGGCACUUACAGGUAUGUAUCUCAGAAAAUACCUGCACAAGAUAAUGACAAUUAUAUUAAUAAAACACUUAAUGAAAAUAUAUGUUUGAAAAAUAAUGUUUCUGAAAAGUCAGAAUCUAGAAGUAAAAGUAUAUCAACUAAAGAAAAGAACUUUAGAAACAGCACUACAGUGCUCUCAUCUGACACAUUUUCAUCCAUUCAAAAUAUGCAAUCACAAGACCUGGAUUCAGAUUUUAUCAGCAACAUUCAACCAUCAGCCACUAUUACAGGAAAUGCCACGACAGAGGUUGAACAGAUGACAAAUAUACCUCAUCCAGAUAUUGUGCGGGAUGCUUUAGCCACAGGCACUGUGUUGGAAUCCCAGGGAGAGGAUGGACAAGGAUACUUGAUUGUACUUCCAAAAGCUCUAGCAGAGAAAGAUUACACUCUCAUAACCUUUCCUCCUCUUCCUAAACCUAGGUCACCACCUAUAUCAGAAACUGUAGUGCUGCAGGAAACUGAAGAAAUAGGACAUAGCAACUGUGACUUGCUUGUUUGGGAUAAUGGUCUAGAUUCUGUAACAGAAGUUACAUUUGAACCUGAAAAAGAGCUAUUUCCUGCUGAAGAAAUGGAUAAUAAAACUAAAAAACAGAAAAGGCAAAAAAUUUCAAAAGAUGAAGAGAUGAUUAUACAUGAUUUACACACAAAUAAAUCUAUUAAAUUUAAACGAAAAGAGAAAAAAAUAUUGGACAAAAAGAUUCGUAUUCCCAGAUCAUAUGAGUGUGAACAGUGUGGCAAGGAUUGUAAGACAUCUUCCAAUUAUAUUAUACACAUGCGUACUCAUACAGGAGAAAGACCAUAUUAUUGUGAUUAUUGUGGAAUAGGGUUUAAACAGAUAGCCCAUUUAAAAGCUCACGUAAGGAUACACACAGGAGAGGAACCAUACAGGUGCAAUCUGUGCGAUGCUGCAUUUAAACAAUCUUCACGACUAAGAUGUCACCAGAGAACCCAGCAUAUUGAGGGAAAGGUAAAGAAAAUGAAAAUUGCCAAGAAAUGCUUUGUUAGAAAUUUUUAUUGCAAGAUUUGUGAUAAAACAUUUCUGGAUUCUUGCUAUAAAAAACAGCACAUGCAGACACAUGCAGAUGAGACACGAUACAAAUGUAACAAAUGUGAUGCUAUAUUCAAAACUAAAAACAGCUUGAGGAAACACAGCAAGCUACAUGUAGAUGAUAAUGGGGGUAUAUGUGAAAUGUGUGGUUUACAGCUUAAAAGCGUCAAGGCUUUAAAUUUGCAUAAACAAACAUCACAUAAUAUAGAUAUUGAUGAUCUUAAUAAAGAUGUAUCUCAUUUAUUGGUUGGAAUAAAAGAUGAGGUUGAAGAUGAUGCUCCAAGCAGUGAUGACAAUAAAGAAGGCAUUAUAAAGACUGCCUCUGUUUCAGAAAAUGGUCAGUAUAAGCACAAAUGUUCAUUAGAAGUUGAUUCAGGAUGUGCUGAGAAUACACUAAAAACUAAGAGCAGUAUCACAGCUGUUUUAAAACAAUACCAGUGUACAGUUUGCAAGAAAAAUUUCAAGCAAAGUUCCAAUCUUAAAACUCAUAUGAGAAUGCAUACAGAUGAGAGACCAUACAGGUGUAAUGAUUGUGGUAGUGCUUUCCGUCAAAUUUCCCACUUAAAAGAUCAUGUGAAGAUGCAUACUGGAGAAAAACCUUUUAGAUGUAGCAGUUGUUCAGCAGCCUUCACUCAAUCCUCUGCAGUAAAAUAUCACAUUAAAAAAUACCACCAAGGAAUGGCCCAUGUGAUGAAAGAGCAAAAAAAUAAACAUUUACUUGACAAAGAAUUUAUACUUCUUGAAAAAAUAGGUAAUUUGAAUGAGGAUCCUGUUGUAGUAAGUAUUGACAAUGGAAAUACAGUAUUAGUAGAAUCUAAAACCUUUGAGAAUGAUAUUGAAAUUUUCAAAGAUAAGAAAAAAGAACAUUGUGUGAAGUGUGGAAAAUACAUCCAUGAAAAUGAAGAGCAGAAGAAUAUAUGUAAAUGUUCUGUUUAUGGAAAACCAUCAAAGGUUUUAACACCCAGUGUAAAAUGUGAAGAAGAAUUGAGUGAAGAAUAUAUUGAAAUCUGCAUUGAUCAUUAUAAACAAAAAGAAACUCAUUUUAAAAAUGACUCCUUAGAAACUGUCAUAAAAAGAAAUACUGAAGAGAAAGUUGAAAUAUUUAAAGGCAUAAGUAAAGUUUGUAAUUCUAGUGAAUGUGAGGAACCAUGUAAAAAAUAUGAUAAGAAAGACAAAAGGGCAAAAGAAAAUAGCUGUAAUGGGAAUACCUGCACUGCAUGUGGAAUAGUUUUUAGAAGAGCUUCAGCACUUAGGUUUCAUAAACAGAUGAGUCACAAAAAUAGUUUUGAUGAGGAACCUGGCUUAGUUUUGAACUGCAAUAGUGAAAAUGUUGAUUUUGGGAAGAAUAAUAGAGUAAAACAUUCAAGUAAGCUCAUUAAAAAGAUGUUGGUAAAACAGUCUCAAUAUCAACCUAUAAAUUUUCCUUUCAAAACUGAAGGGGAGAAAGAAGACCAUAACAUUUGUAAGAUAGAAUAUUGCAAGUGCUCUUUUUGUGGUGAAAAAUUUUCAGACUUAUCAAAGUUAAAUGAACAUGUUAAUAAAUUGCACCCAGAGAAAAUAUUCACUGAAGAACUGCAAGCAACAGACAAUAGUAACAUAAACCCUACUCUAACAAGAAGUGCAUCUGAUAAUUAUAAGGUUAACUCAUGGACUAGAAAAAUAAAAAGAGAAAAUGAAGGAAGUGCUGUAGCAAAUGUAGUAAACAGCAAUAAUGUUAGGGAAAGGGAGAUAUAUUUGAAGGAAAACAGUCAGUAUAAGUGCCAGGGAUGUGGAAAAUCUUUCACAAGAUUGGCCAAGUUAAAGGACCACAUAAAUAGCUGGUGCAGUGAAGAGCUCUUAAUCCAAGGAAACAGAGUUACUUUACCUUUUCUGGGACCAAACCACAGAACAGGUGGUGAGUCAGUCACAAAACUCCAGGCCAGUGAUUUGCUCCUGUACCACAGUCUCAGAUCAAGACUUGUAGUAAUGGAAGAGGCAGAUCCUAUGGCGGUCAUGAUCAGUGUGAAGAGACCUAGCAGAAAGAGGCAUGUAUUAUCAAAGAAUUCUUUUGUUGAUAGUGAAUCAAAAAUUUUACAAAAUAUUCAGGCAUCAUCAGACUCCGUAUAUGAAAGUAAGAUAAAAGAAGAGGCUGAAGAUGAUCCCAGUGAAGCAAAUAUAAUAAUUUCUGAUUACGAAAUAUUUUCUGAGGAUAUUAAAGAUGAAGUGCCAGGUGAUGGAGCCAAGGUGAAAAUGAGAAAAGCAGGAGAAAAAGUGUAUCCAUGUGAAAAAUGUAAUUUGAUAUCACAGUCAUCGGCUAACUUCAAAAAGCAUGUGUUAACACAUUCAGGGGAAAAACCUUUUAAAUGUGAUGUAUGCCAAAAGGCAUUCAGACAGAGGCACCAUUUAACUGACCAUCAACGAACACACACAGGCGAACGUCCCUUUGAGUGUGAAGAAUGUGGUUCUAGGUUUGUCCAGAAGUCCUCUCUAAAUUUACAUAGAAAAAAACAUUCUGGAAAGAAGCUUUAUUCUUGCACCAUGUGUGAUCAUUCUACAUAUGAGAAGAUGCAUCUAAAAAUGCACAUGAGAACCCAUACUGGUGAAAAACCAUAUCAGUGUGACAAAUGUGGCAGAACAUUCUCAAAUUCAACACGACUAAAGUUCCACAGAAUGAUACAUACUGGAGAGAGGCGAUACAAGUGUGAGGAAUGUGGUGUAUGCUUUCGGGAAAAGGUUACCUUGCAGAAACAUAAAGGAGUCCACAUAAAUUUAGGACCGUUCACAUGUGAGGAGUGUGGGAAGGCGUUUCCUCGACUGGCUGGCUUAUCUCUGCAUCGGAAAAUUCAUGUCAGCAAGAAGGAUUAUCUGUAUGUGGUUAAGAAGGAACCACACGAACCUUUAAAAUCAACACCAUCAAAUGCAUCUAGAGAAACAGUUAUAAAAAAAGAAAAUAUUCCAGUUUCAGAGAUUAUGCCAAUUAUAGGGCAUGAAGCAGAAAAUAUAUCAAAUUCUACUUUUAACUCACAAGAAAAUGCAAAGGUUACAGAACAAAUAAGCAGUGCACUAGUUUCAUCUGAAGUUCCGAUGCCAUUAAUAAAUACUGAGUGUAACCAGGCAAGUAUAGGAGAAGCUACUGAUUCACAUUCAUCCUCAGUGCUUGGUAAUAACUUAAUUAUUAAUAAUAAUGUUAUACACAUCUCUGAAGACGAUAGAUCUCAAAAUAAAUUAAAGGAAAAUUUAGCAUGUAAUAUAUCUGAAGAAAAUGUACCAAAUGUUGGGAAUGUCUUGCAUCCUGACCAAGUGCGUGCAGCACUGGAGAGUGGAACAGUCUUGGAAACUCAAGGCCAGGAUGGUAAAGAAUUUUACAUAGUUUUACCACCGUCUCUAAAGAAUAAAGAAAUUACAUAUAUAUCUGACCCAGCACAUGCCAGUAGUAGCAUUAUGACAGUGGCACAGUCUGCAGCUGAUGUUGCACUGGAUAUCCAGGGACCUGACAAUGAGACCUCUGUAGAAUGUGAUUCUAUAAAAGUGUUAUCAGAUGAUGAUCAUAACAGUUUUAAUGAUGCCUAUCCAAAUGUAGUUCAUGAACUUAUUGAAAAUGAUAUCUGUGAUUAUCCGGGAGUAUUAGAAGAAGCACAUACAGUAGCUGACAGUUAUUCCAUACAGGUGCAAGAGGAAAUUCAUGAUUUCUAUCAGAAUCAUGAUGCAACUGUCAGCUAUCCUGCAAAACUGACCUACUAUGUACCUAGAUAUUCAGAAGUUGUACAAGAGGAGAUUCACCCAGAUGGUACGAGUCUUGUGGUGUGUAAGGAAGAACCAGAGUACAUAAGAGAGAUAACAUAUGUGAUAGAGGAAGGAACUAACAAUCCCAUAAAGAUAUAUACUCGGGAUACAAAGUUUUGCAAAGAUUUGAGGAGCUCUAUAAAUAAAUCAAAACACAAAAAAAAAUUCAAAGAAAAUGAAUACCAUACUGAUGAUACAAAUCUCAGAAAGCAGAAAUCUGAUUUUAGGAGACCAAUGUCUGUUAAGCCAAAAAUAAGAGAGAAAAAAUGUAAAGAAAAAAAGCCUAAGACCCGGAAAGUUUAUGACUGUCAACAGUGUGGAAAAGUUUGUAAAACAUCUUCAAAUUUUAUUUCUCACAUGCGAACACAUUCUGGAGAGAGGCCUUAUUUUUGUGAUUUAUGUGGUAUGGGGUUCAAGCAGGUCGCACAUCUGCGAUCUCAUAUAAGGAUUCAUACAGGAGAAAGGCCUUAUAUUUGUAAUAUCUGCCAUGCAACUUUUACCCAGUCUUCAAGAUUAAAUUCUCAUAAAAAAUCUAAGCAUGCACAGAAUAAAAUUCUUGUAAAGAAAGAAGAGAAACCAUUGGGUGAUUUCAAGGUAAGGAAUUUUUAUUGUAAAUUCUGCAAAAAGACUUUCAUUAAUGAAUGUUUCAAGAAAGACCACAUGAAAAAACAUUUAUCAUCACAACCGUAUGAGUGUAAAAUGUGUGGCCUUUGUUAUACAAGAAAGAGCAGCAUGAUGAAGCAUAAUCUUAAACAUGCUGAUCAUAAAUAUAUCUGUGAAAUUUGUGGGUCUAGCUUCUUUCAACUUUCUUCUUUGCAAAAUCAUCGGAGUGUGGACCAUGAAGAGGCCUUAACAGAGAGUGGCACAUCAGAAGUUUGUAGCAGUAUCAAAACAGGAGAUGAAAAGGAACUAAUUAGCAAUCCAUCCAUUAAUAAUAAUAAAAAUGAAGCUAGUGAUGGUGCAAAAGUGCGGGAAGAAAUUAUAAGUGAAACCAAUGCAAAUUAUAGUCAAGUGAAAGAAGAAGUUACUGAUAUCAUGGAUGAAGAUGUCUGUGUAAAAUCUGAGGUUGUAUCAGCAACAGAUAUUGGAGAAACACCUGUAAAACAUGAGGUAACAGAAACUACAGACAUGGUAAAGGAAGGAGAGGGUCAUUUAAAUGAAGGUAAUGUGUCUGGUGUCGAGACUAAGAAUGACCCAUCAGCAAUAUUAGACUCUGAAUCUCUUGCACUACAUUCAACACAGCCUAUAAAAGAGGAGUUUAGUAAAAUAAAGACUCAUCCUACUUACAUUGAUAAAAUUGGAAGGAAAAUUUGGGCAUGUAAUGUUUGUGAUAAACCAUUCUUGCAGUCCUCAAAUCUUCAUAGCCACAUGAGAAUGCAUACUGGUGAAAGGCCAUAUAAAUGCAAUUAUUGCCAUCAUGCAUUUAAACAAAUUACACAUCUAAAAGAUCACAUGGGUAGGCACACAGGCUUCAAGCCUUAUAAAUGUGGAGAGUGUGGCUCGUGCUUUUCCCAGAGGUCUGCAGUGACACGUCAUAUAAAAAAUUUGCACAAUGAUAAUGCUGUAGUUAUAAGAACGAUUGAGCCAUUAUCAAGUGAAUGUAAGAGCUUGACUCUUAUUAAAUCUGACAGUCAGUCAGAUGAUUCCCAGCACUCAUUGCCAAAUGGAAAAAUUAAUUUAAGACCGUAUAGAAAAAGAAAGUUAAAUGAAGACAGCAAUUCAAAUUCUGAAACAAAGACAAAAAUCUGUGAUAUAUGUAAAAGAUCAUACAAAUUAAAGUACUUCAGGUCUCACCUGCGCUGUCACACUGGAGAACGGCCCUACAAGUGCAGUUACUGUACGGAAGCUUUUAGACAGAAAGCUCACUUAAAUUCUCAUGAGCUUCGCCAUACAGGGGAAAAGCCUUUUGUGUGUAAGCACUGUGGAGCAUGUUUCACCCAGUCAUUUAAAUGUAGUACUCACAUGAAAAAGUGCAUGGAAAGGGAAAACAAUAUUCACACCAAAUCUGCCAAAAAGUAUCAGUCUGCAUGUGGAACCAGUUUUAGAACAUAUAUCCAGUUAGCUAAACACACAAAAGAACUGAGGCUUAUAGACAAUAAUGAGAAAAGCACAGACAUUAGUGAUCUAGACAUUUUGCUUGGUGAGGAAAGUGAGAGUGAGUGUAACUUUAAGAGAAGGAAAAUGAGUGUCACUAAUAAUGACUGGAAUAUGACAAUCAAGACAGCACAGUCCAGUCAAGUGUCUAUUGAUAAGGCAUUUACUUGCAAUAAAUGUGAUAUGACAUUUGAAAACUUUGCCAAGUAUAAAAUACACAUGCAGGAGCAUGGAAAUGUGCUACAGAUUUGUGAGGAUUGUGGAGUAGUGUUCAGAAGGGCUUCUGCUCUACAGUCCCAUCAGAGACUGAAGCACAGGAGAGAAGACCUGAGCUGUAAAGAGUAUAAUUAUGUUGAUCAAGAACACAUCAAGGAAAAUCAGUUAAUUAAGGAUGUUAUUGUUCCAAUUCCCUUAAAAGAAGAAGAAAGAGGGUCUUAUGAUGAAAAUAAGGGAAAACAAACUAAGGGAGUUGAAGUGAAUGUUAAACAAGAAUGUGUAAAUGGUAAAGCAGGAAUGGAAAAAGGACACAUUAAAGAAAAAGUAGAGAACCCUAGAAGAGGAAGUGCAGUGAAGAAUGUAAAAAAAGCUGUGAGUCAAGUAAAACUAAAGGUAGUCAAAGAAAACAAUAUUGAGAGCAAUACUGAAACUUUAGGAGCAUCAGGAAGAAAGAGAUUGGGAGCCUCAGGUGUACUACCUGGUGAAAGGUUAAAUACAGACUCAAAGAAAUGCGACGUUGACCAACAUGAAGUAUCACAAGAAUCAUAUUUGUGUACAGCUUGUGGGAAAACAUUCACACGAUUCUCUAAGCUUAAGCAUCACAUUGGAAUGUGGUGCAAAGGAUUUUCCAGACAUGAUACAGUGAGUGUUUCUGAAAACAAUCAGCUUACACAGCCAUUUUUGCAGACAUCUGAAAUAAUUAAAAGAAAACAUAAUAAUGAAACAAAAUCCACAGAAAAAGAUAUUUUAUUGUCAGAUGCAGUGAAUGCUGAAAAUAGCAGAUGUGAGGGAACUAGUGAUAUACUUUCUUGUGCAUGCCAAUCUGACCAGAUAGUUGCAGUAAAUGAGGAAAUAAAAUCAGAGGAUGAUAUAAUUCUGAAUGAAGUAAAGAGUACAGAAUUAUGAAAAAAAGAAACUUAUGUAAAGAAUAUUUAGGCAUCCUAACCACUGUAAAUAUUGUAAAGAUUGUUACGUAUGUUUUACAAGGCCUUGUUCUGACAAGGCCUUGUUCUUACAAGACCUUGCUCUAACAAAACCUUUUUCUAACAAGACCUUGUUCUUACAAGACCUUGUUCUUACAAGACCUUGUUCUUACAAGACCUUGUUCUUACAAGGUCCUGUUCUGACAAGGUCUUGUUCUUACAAGACCUUGUUCUUACAAGGUCCUGUUCUGACAAGGUCUUGUUCUUACAAGGUCUUGUUCUUAUAAGACCUUCUUAUAAGGUACACUUAAAAACUGAUGUAGGGUAAAUAAAUUUACUAUGGUCUUCAUUCAGAAGGCACAUUGAACACCUCAUUACAAAAAAUCACAUAAAAUGCCAUUCAAGUUUCCUUCAAAUUAUUGGUUGGUCAUGAACAAUUAACAAUGAUACCUAAGAAGAUUUUGCCUUAUUGGUGUAUAGAAAACAUGUUAAACAGGUUCUUCAUUGGGACAUCUUGCU